AUGCUAAUGGCAACGGAGGGUAUUGAAAGUGAGGGAAAUGGACGCUUCGUUUUUAGCGUGAACAGAAGCGACGUUGUCAUCAGGCCCGCGGAUAAGGGUGGAGCUUUUGUAGUCUGGGAGAAAGAGCUUUAUUUAAAUGAGGCUCACCGACAGCUAUCAGACGGUAGAUUUUACCAACGCAUACCGUCCAUACCCGAAGACGCCACAAAAAGCAAUCAGGAAACUGUUAAAGCAUUUAUCGCCCAGGCCAUUGCCAAACAGGAACUCCCACAAUCAGCAACCAACCUGAUUGUGCAACAUCCGCGAAAGUCGAAAUUGUAUUUGCUUCCAAAAAUACAUAAACCAGGCAAUCCUGGUCGACCGAUCGUCUCAGCAUGUCAAUGUCUCACCGAGCUUCUCGCGUCGUACUUGGACAAGGUUACAGCACCUUUUGUAAGAGGACUGGAUAGCUACGUGAAGGACUUUGGCCACAUGUUGACCAUAUUGAACUCGUUACGCUUUCGGGGUGAACAUCGUUUCAUUUUCACAAUGGACAUCAAAUCUCUGUAUACAGUCAUUCCAAUUGACGAGGGACUCCGCGCCCUUAAACACGAGGUCAUGGAUCCCCCAACACACACACUACUCCGUAUGGCUGAACUAGCGUUGACGCUUAACUCCUUCGUUUUCAACGGUGAACACUACAAACAAAUCGGCGGUGUCGCAAUGGGCAGUAAGCUCGGCCCGAAUUACGCCUGUUUGUUUGUCGGCUAUGUCAUGGUUAAUGGAGGGAGACUAUGGCUAUGUCGAGGAACACAUGUUGCACGAUUAUACCGGAAUAAAACCAGACCUGUACAAAAGAUACAUGGACGAUGUGGCUGGAGCGGUUUCAUGCACGGAAGAUGA